AUGGAUCACACCUCACAAGCCAAGGCAAACGAACGUGCCACAAAUGGCGGUGACACUGAUGAAACCCCAGCUAAUUCAUAUGCUCUAACAACAUACGACGACGACCAGCAACCUGUACCACUGGCGUCAGUGCCUCCUCCAUCGCCAGCCGGCGGCGUCGCCUUUGUUCCGCUCCCAGCCUCCCUGCAGGCCGGCAGCGCUGCAUCCUACCCAGCCACCAUUCCGCCGCCGGUGCUCUCGAACACGCACGAGAUCGCGUUCCAGCAGCUCCAGCAGCAGCAGCAGCACCACCGCCAGGAGGAGCAGCUGCAGGCGUUCUGGGCGGGGCAGCUCGCCGAGGCCGAGCAGCAGGCGGAGGCGGGCAAGGUCAAGCUCAAGGCCCACCACAGCCUCCCGCUGGCGCGGAUCAAGAAGAUCAUGAAGGCCGACGCGGACGUCAAGAUGGUGGCGGCCGAGGCUCCCGCGGUGUUCGCCAGGGCCUGCGAGAUGUUCAUCCUCGAGCUCACGCUGCGGGCGUGGCUCCACGCCGAGGGCGCCAGGCGCCGGACGCUGCAGCGGGGCGACGUCACCGCCGCGAUCCACAGCACCGAGGCCUACGAUUUCCUCACCGACAUCGUGCCGGAGGAGGAACGCUCGUGGUCCGCAGGGGACGGCGUGCCGCCAGCGACGACGACGACGACGGCCGUGCCGGUCAUUGUGCCGCCACCGCCAGCCUACGGCCUGGCUCCGGUGAAGUCCGUCCCUUUUGCAACGUAUGUCAACAUGCAGCCUGUAACGUACAUGUGGGCGCCGCCGCCGCCGCCGGAGCAUCGCCACCAGCAGAAUUCUGACGGUGGGCGCGACCAGCAGGAAUGA